AUGGAUGAUGAUAAUUCGCAAUCUUCUUUUUUAGCUCGUCAAAUUGACGAAUCAAUUGCUGACCCCAUUACAAGAUCAAAUAGCCCGGCAUCAGAAACUAGAAGUACGAGUGCAAAAAGUGAUAAUGAUGCUCCUAAUGUACCUACCAUCAAAAAAACUAAAUUAAGUCGAAAGGGUGGCUCAAAAAGACGGAGCUGGGUAUGGAAGUAUUUUGUUGAAAAAAAAAUAAUAGAAACUGUUCAAAAUCUUGAUAAUCAAAAAAUUAAUGUUGAAGUUACAUACGGCAUUUGUAACGUAUUAAAUGAUUCGGGUAAAAGCUGUGAUUCACGAGUGAAAGUUUCAGGUGGCUCGACGUCAAAUUUAAUAUCUCAUCUCUUAAAUACACAUGGUAUUACGCAAAACGGGCCUGGAUUAUCUGGACAAGACGAUGACAAUGACAAAGUAAUAAAUAACAGUGUUGAAAAUUUGAAUGAGCGAAUUUAA